AGCCCCAAAACGUGAAAGAACGGUUUCAAGGAUAUUGGAAAAAAGCUUAAGACACGGAUCAUUACUCCAGAUUAAAUAUAUGAAGAAAUGCUGCAUUUCCAAAUGUCAUUUAAAUGUAAACAUGGACAUGGCUCGUAGAUGUAGGGAGAUUUUAUGGACGAAGGAUUUUGAAUCUAGACACGAAUGGUUGAUACAGAAAUUAAGAGACGCAAAACAGUAUAAUGGAAAAUAUUUUUUAAUGAUUGAAAAUGGAUUGGGAAUAUGUUCAAAGGCAUUUUGCCAACUUUUUUAUAUAAGCAAAGGUUUCUAUUAUAAAUCAGUGAAAGAUUAUGAAAACGGAGUCUUGUCAACGGGUUAUCAAAGGCGCAGAAGUAAAACAUCACUCUACGACGAUGCUAAGUUUUGGUUAGAAGAAUAUGCGACUUAUCAUGCUGACCGAAUGCCCGAUUCAGAAGAUGUUAUGCUUCCCUACAAGACGAGGAAAGAGGGACUGUACCUUCGAUACAAAAGCGAAAGAGUAGAAAAGUUUCGAAACUUUUUCAGCAAGACAAGUUUCAUGCGUAUGUGGGCUGACAUGUUUCCCCAUCUUAAGAUUAAAA